GGGUGUCUGUCUCCUCCUACACGCAGAGAUGGGGAAGGAGAGGUAAGGCUCGUGUAAAUAAAUACCAGCUUCAAGACAGCAGAAAGAGCUUCACAGGACAUUCCUCCAGAGCUUAGGAGAACACCCCGACUCAGCUUUCACAAUCACAGACACAAUGGCAGAUGCAAGCUUUCAGCAGGAGUUCCUGAAAACCCACAACACCUACAGGGAGAAGCACAGCACACCACCACUGACCCUUAGCGACGAGCUCACUGCUUCAGCUCAGAAAUGGGCUGAUCACUUGCUGGCAACUGGCACCUUACAGCACAGUGACACAAAGGACGGAGAGAACGUCUUCACUAUGUACAGCUCGGCAGCCCUCAAACUGACAGGGAAAGAGGCUGUAGAUUCUUGGUACAGUGAGAUCAAGGAUUACAACUGGAGCAGCCCUGGGUUCACAGGCAACACUGGUCACUUUACUCAGGUGGUGUGGAAAGACAGCACUGAACUGGGCGUGGGCAUGGCCACUGAUGGAAACAGAGCCUUUGUAGUGGGGCAGUACCGGCCAGCUGGCAACAUGAACAUGCCAGGAUACUUUGAGAAAAACAUCCUACCAAAAGCAUAAAGGCUGUGAUUUUUACAGCUGGCGCAGAGGUAGGUGGAACAGACAAUACCACCAGUGAGGGGACUGGAGCGAGCCCAAAGAAAACCUGCACAGUGCUGUAGAUGAGCUGGACCCUCAACACACUACUUCUUGAUAUUCAAAGUUUUUUAACAAAUCAAAUCAAUCAGUUUGUCUUAUAAAAUUGGUUUAAUUCAGAAUGUUUUGAUUUUACUGAUUCAAUUAAAAAAAGGUUUGUAAAUCAAUAUGGAAUCAAAUAAA